GAAUAUUAACUAUUUAUUUCGGUCCCUUUGUUGCAGCAGAAGAUCUAAUACAGACGUAGAGUUUUAUAUUCUAAAGUUUUACAAGUUACGUGUUAUAUUGUAGUUUCAAAUUGCUCAUGCGCACCACAGUGUCAAGUAGACAGAGAGUUAUAGAGGGUGAAGGUCUCUAGGAUUGUAUUUUCUGAGCUUUUGUACUAUCCUUACCAUUAUUAGAAACACACUACACAGUGGUUUCCCGUUUUGCAUUGCAGCACUCCCCCUGGUGUGUAGCAGCCAAUUCAUGCAAUAAGAGUUCACACGCCGUUACUAUGGAAACAAGUCAACUGUGCAGAGGGACAUGGGAAGAAGAUAAGAAGACGAGAUGUUAGGUGCGCGGGUGCAAAAAAAUUCACCAAGCGUUGGAUUGUUCACCCACUAAUAGGGAACGUGUGCUGGGGUUAGACCGUCGUGAGACAGAUGCCGCUUGAAUUACGGUCUUCGUCUAGCCGAGCCACAAUGCAAACCAAGCGGAGUGCAUGGACCCCGCUGAACCACCCGCUGAUCAACAGCAAGCUGUUUGAUGAGAGGAGACAACUUCUGGCAAAAUGGUUUGGCAGCUGGUCCGACAGCCAGAGGAAGGCUGUGCUGGGGGACUUCGUGCUCCGCUGUUCGGUGGAGCAGCUCAGGUUCCUGAGCCUCACAGUGAGCAGACGGCUCCCCCUGCAGGCUGCAGACUUCACCUGCCUGCUGCCCAGAGCCCUCUGCCUCUACUUGUUCUCCUUCCUGGACCCUCGCAGCCUCUGCCGAUGUGCUCAGGUGAGCUGGCACUGGAGGAGCAUCGUGGAGCUGGACCAACUGUGGAUGGCCAAGUGUCUGCGGCUCGGCUGGUGCAUCACCUUCUCCCCCUCGGCUUUUGAGCAGGGCGUCUGGAAGAGACACUACAUAGAGACCGUUCUGGAUCUGCGACGGAGACUGCUGCAGACACCGUCAAUGCCACUGGAGCUUGGAAUUCCUUCAGCCAUCAGCGGUGGACGUAAGGAACCACCAGAACUGGUUAAGAAAGACAAGGAGCAUCCAGUUGCCACCAUGCAGCCUCCUGAGUCCAGCUCCAGAUCAGGGUUAAAAACAGAAAAGAAGGCUAAAGCCCUGCCACCAUGGAGAGACUCAGACAGACACCCAAAGGAUACAAUACGCUUCAACUACCUGGACAACCUGGAUCCCGUAGAGCAGACCUUUAGAGAGCAAAUGAGAAGUAAAACCUCCACAUGCCACAGCGGUGCGUCCCAGAACCGUGACGGAAAGAGAAAAACGCCGUCGGAGGCCACGUACAAACUACGCAAAGCUAAGUCUCUGAUGUUCCUCAGAGCCCAGGACUCCUCUCCACCUGUUCCUGCUAACCGUCUCCCCACAGACCCUCGGACUCAAACCCGCCCCUUAUGGGCAUCUCCUGCUCAGGACCACCCUAUCCCCACUGAGACAGCCAUGAUCCUGCUCAGCAUGACCCAGUGGAACGCCGGGGUCCGACCCGGGCCAGUGAGGACGCCGGUGCCCCAGUUAAGUUUGGAGGCCCUCAAAGCAGCCCGGCGCUCUCAGCGGAGCACUCCCAGUGUGCGGUUGUUCAAUGUUUGAAGCGCAGCUCAACACUGCCCCCAGCAGGACAAUGAUAUCAGCACAGAGCAGAGCUUCAGGAGAACGUCUUUUGAAUUAAUCUAAUAUUCUUGAUUAUGUCCUUCAAACCUUUUCGCAUUGUUUUUUGCAAGGAAUAAAUGUAUUUUUGGGAUCAAGUUAAGAAUUUUUGCAAAAAUGUGUUAGAGAAGAAUCUGUGAGUCAAGUUAGAAAACGCAACAGGCUGUUUUAAGUCUUACCUGAACCCUGCAAGACUUUGGCUUGAGUUUAUUUGAAGACAUUUGAGAGAUCUAUCCAUCUGUCCAACCAUUUUCUAACACCCUCAUCCCUAGUGGGGUCGGGAGGUGCUGGUGUCCAACUACAGCUAAUGUUCCGGGCGAGAGGCGGGGUCACCCUGGACAGGUCGCCUGUCUGUCACAGGGCACAUUUGAGACAUCUCAACUUAUUUUUCCAAAUGUCCAUAUCAUAUAGAACGUGUUUUAUGGGCCAAAUGAAAUUAUAAUUAAAAUGUCUGCAAAACCAAGACAUGUCUGUUUCUCCAUGCUUUAUUUUGUCCAUCCAAAUUGUUCACAUAGGGAUUAAUUGUAAUACUUGCUCUGUGGGUAUAGUAAACAUAUAUCAGUAUCAACUUUAAAUAAUGCAUUUAUUGCUGCUAAUAAUUGGCUUCUUUCAUCAUUUCUUAUUUCAGCAGUUGUAAUCAUUUCAUAACAACCUUUUCAUUUAUGAAAAGGAUUUAUAUGAUUUGCUUAUGGGGGCUAACUGAUACAUACAACUAGUUUAUGGGUAAAAUCUAGUUGCAUAAAGGGCAAACUAACCCAGGAGUUUAGAACGCAAAAGAAAAAAAAAACAAACAAAAAAAACUUUUAAUGAAAAAAAAAUAAUAAAUUACAUUCAAGUUCAUUUAUACUGUUCACUAAAGUCAUCACAAAUUGGAUAAACAUCCAGUUAAUAUCAAGUUAUGUAAAACAAUUUAUA